CUUGCUUGAAUUCUAUCCUCAUCCGAUGAAAUACAGUGUCCUUGUUUUCUCAAUGGGGCUCUUACUAGAAAAAGGAAUUCAUUACCUUUGAAUUAUCAAUGGUGGCCAAAAGAAAGUUAAUGAGCUAGUUGAUAAGGACAGAGAUUAUUCCAUGACCACCUAUGGAACCAAUGUUAAGGCAAUUAUGGGACUUAAUAGUUUUGUUUAGUUUGAUGCACCAUGGGCUGAUGGUAUUAUGAAUGCUUGCCUGUGACCAGGCAAAACUGCUGGCUUUGUGACCUGCAUAGUUUUGGUUGUAUGUCAGUUUCGGUCACUCUUUCAGAAUCUAUAACAAGAUGUGAAGAUAUUGCCAAGGCUUCCUACUAAGGGCAAGGUUGAAUCUCGUGAUUUUGCUUAUAAGAUCAUUUGAGUGGGCUUCCAGAGUAUAAGAGGUUUUCAGAAUGCUUUUGCAUAUGGUCAUUUUUUAGUGACUGCAAUUUAUCUUGACCAUUCACAGCACUGGAUUGAGACCUAAUUUUUAAUUGGUCCUAUUUCAGCCCUCUACCUUGUAAUCUCUCUGUAGGAGGACCAUUUUAACGUAGCAAAACUCAAUUUGAUAUUUCUGGAGCCAAUAGAUUUGCUUCCAAGGCACCAUUUUUGCUUAUGGUGUGACAAGUAGUGGGAAGACUCAUACAAUGCAUGGUGAUCAGAGGUCCCCUGGAAUUAUACCACUUGCAGUGAAGGAUGCUUUUAGUAUUAUUCAGGAGACACCAAACCGGGAGUUUCUUCUUCGUGUUUCAUACCUGGAGAUCUAUAAUGAGGUUGUUAACGACUUAUUAAAUCCAGCAGGACAAAAUUUGAGAAUUAGAGAAGAUGCUCAGGGAACCUUUGUUGAAGGAAUAAAGGAAGAAGUUGUACUAUCCCCUGCUCAUGCCCUCUCUCUUAUAGCAGCUGGAGAAGAACACAGACAUGUUGGAUCAACUAACUUCAAUUUACUCAGCAGCAGGAGCCAUACAAUAUUUACACUGACGAUAGAGAGCAGCCCAUGUGGUGAAAAUAGUGAAGGCGAAGCAGUAAAUCUGUCACAGCUGAACCUCAUCGAUCUGGCAGGUUCUGAGAGCUCGAAGGCUGAAACAACUGGUGUUAGACGAAAAGAAGGAUCUUAUAUCAACAAAAGCUUGCUAACUCUAGGAACUGUAAUAUCUAAAUUGACAGAUGGGAGAGCCACUCAUAUACCAUAUAGGGAUUCUAAGCUGACGAGGCUGCUUCAGUCCUCAUUAAGUGGUCACGGGCGUGUAUCUCUCAUUUGCACUGUCACACCUUCAUCAAGUAACACAGAAGAGACGCACAAUACACUGAAAUUUGCUCACCGUGCUAAACACAUUGAAAUCCAAGCAGCACAGAACAAGAUUAUUGAUGAGAAAUCACUUAUCAAAAAAUACCAAAAUGAGAUACGCUGUUUGAAGGAAGAGUUGGAACAAUUGAAGCGUGGUAUUGUAACAAUUCCUCAACUAAAAGAUAUUGGAGAAGAUGAUAUUGUACUCUUAAAGCAGAAGCUAGAAGAUGGUCAAGUCAAGCUGCAAUCAAGGUUGGAGCAAGAAGAAGAAGCGAAAGCGGCUUUAUUGAGCAGAAUACAGCGAUUGACAAAAUUGAUUCUGGUCUCCACGAAAGCUUCACAGUCGUCAAGAUUUCCUCAACGCCCUGGUCUUAGGAGGAGACAUUCAUUUGGAGAAGAAGAGCUUGCAUACCUACCACAUAGAAGGCGGGACUUGAUCGUGGAUGAUGACAAUGUUGAGUUGUAUGUUUCCCUUGAAGGGAAUGCUGAAACUGGAGAUGAUACACUUAAAGAGGAGAAAAAGACUCGAAAGCAUGGCUUGCUAAACUGGCUUAAGCUCCGAAAACGUGAUAGUGGUGUGGGGACAUUGACGAGUGCGAGCGAUAAAUCAAGUGGAAUUAAAUCUAAUAGUACACCUUCUACUCCUCAAGCAGGAAGCAAUAACUUCCAUGCGGAAUCUAGGCUUUCCCAAUCUUUACUCACAGCAAGUUCUCCACCCAUGGAUCUUCUAUCAGAUGGUAGACAAGAUAGAGAAGUUCUAGAGGACAAUUACAUUGGGCAGGAGACACCUUUGACAAGCAUAAAAACAAUUGAUCAGAUAGAUCUAUUAAGGGAGCAGCAGAAGAUUUUGUCUGGAGAGGUAGCACUCCAUUCAAGUGCUUUAAAGCGGUUGUCUGAGGAGGCUGCCAGAAAUCCCCAGAAUGAACAGAUUCAAGUCGAGAUGAAAAAGUUGAGUGAUGAAAUCAGAGGGAAGAGUGAACAAAUUGCUUUGCUAGAAAAGCAAAUUGCUGAUUCCAUCAUGGUUUCACACAACAAGAUGGACAAAUCAGAAAUAUCACAAUCUAUUGCUGAAUUGGUGGCACAAUUAAAUGAGAAGUCCUUUGAACUUGAGGUUAAAGCUGCAGACAAUCGGAUAAUCCAAGAGCAGCUCACCCAGAAGAUUUGUGAAUGUGAAGGACUGCAAGAAACCGUUGCCUCCUUAAAGCAGCAGCUCUCUGAUGCGCUAGAAUCACAAAACAGUUGCCUGCAGGUGGACAAAGAAGCUGUGGCAUCAAAAGAUAAGAGUGAAGAUUUGCUUAUAAAACGACAGGUGACAGAGAUUGAAGAACUGAAGCAGAAAGUUGUGGAGCUAACUGAGUCAAAAGAACAGCUAGAAUUGCGGAACCAGAAAUUGGCUGAGGAGAGUUCAUAUGCCAAAGGGCUAGCCUCAGCUGCUGCUGUGGAGCUGAAGGCAUUGUCAGAAGAAGUUGCUAAACUAAUGAAUCAUAACGAGAGACUAGCUGCUGAAUUGACAGCAGCAAAGAACUCUCCCAGCCAACGUCGGACAAGUACACUACGGAAUGGCCGAAGAGAGAGUCUGACCAAACGAAAUGACCAGGUUGGAUCACCCUCCGAUCUCAAGCGAGAACUGGCUAUGAGUAAAGAGAGAGAGCUUUCAUAUGAAGCUGCUUUCCUAGAGAAGGAUCAUCGAGAGGUGGAGCUUCAAAGAAAGGUUGAAGAAUCUAAGCACAGAGAAGCUUAUCUGGAAAAUGAACUUGCAAACAUGUGGGUUCUUGUUGCCAAAUUAAAAAAAUCCAAUGGAGUGGAUACUGUCGGUUCAGAAUCAACAUAAGAGAAACAGCAAGGUGAAUUUGAAGUGAACCAGGAAUGAUGGUUCAGUGGCUCAAUUAUCCAGUAAUGAUAAUUCGGCUUCGGUUAGUGUUGGAUUGGGAGAGUAGUGUUUAGAGAAUGUUGUUGUGCAUUGCAGAUGGGGGCCAUUGUGUAUUCCAUGUGAGUUUUUCUUUUGAUUGAUUCUUCAAAUUUGUUGUAUCCAUUGGGCUCUUUCCUUCUGCCCCCUUCCUCACUUUUUAUCCAUUGGGGUAUUGUAUAUGAAAAGCUUCACAUGUGCAUUAGUGUUGAAAGUUGUAGUUUUGUUUUUUGUCAGUUUUGCUGGAAUGGAAGAGGUUCUUAGAUCUCUUUCCCCCAUCCCUUUAGCUGGACAGAUCCCUUUUUCAGUUGCCCUUUUUGCUUCUUCUUCUGAACAGCAGACAGAAACUGAAGUGCUAAGCUAUAGUUUUAGUAUCCAAAGAAAUACGUGGACAGUCCAAGUUGGUAAAUUCAGUUUGGCGGAUAAUAUGGAAAAAGCAAGCUAACCAUGGAUCACAUUUCACAAAGGCCUUUAUGGUAUUGACGCAUCAAGGCUUGCAUCCUUUUCUUCUCGAUUGAGUUAGUUCGAUGUAAAAGGAAAUAUUUCUAUGCUGUAUUACCAUUGAAGGAGUGAAAUACAUAGUAACUGCAGCUGAGCAAAUUGUAUAUGGGUUUGAGAAUUUGGAAAGAAUUAAACUAGAAUGACUAAUUGUAGAAUUUCUUAUUGACUCUGAUCAUAGAUAGACGAAUUUGACUUUUA